AUGACCACAACAACACCCCCCACCCCCUCCGCCCUAACAACCCUCAUAACCUCAAUCACAACACCAACACCACCAGAAACCCAGCAAAAAUCCUCACAAUCACAACAACAUCCCGCUUUAACCCACCAAGUCCUCCACAACCUCCAACACCAACACCUCUGGACCUCCCUCCAGAUCCACCAACUCCAGGCCCCGUCAAGCACGAGCAGCAACGACACCACCGCAGACCCGAACCCCAUAACUCUCAUCUCGGGAAUUCCCCCGCACCGCCUCUACACCCACCCAGACGAACAGCUCUACCUCCUCGAGCGCGGCCUCCGCGAGGAGGACCUCGAGCUGGAGCGGAUGUUCGUUCUCCCGACUGUGCAGGGCCAGACGUGGAGUCUGCGGAGGCUGGCGGGGGUGUUUGAUGGGUUUCCUUUGCAGGAGGAAUUUUUCCUUAACAAGCACAGCGGCAGCAAAACGGACAAGUUGAGGGAGUACUACCGGUACCGGGAAAAGGCUCGCGCGACGAGGGAAUGGGGUGGGAAGAGGCUGCUGCUGGCUAUGGUGGAUCGGCAGAUGGGAGGCGAUAGUACCGUUGUCUACUAUGUUGUGCAGGAUGGGGCGGUCAAACCGAGACAGAAUUGA